ACACCCACCAAAAUGAAUGGGAUCAUCAUUUAUGAGCAUAUAAACUUCCAUGGUAAAUCCAAAGAAUUCACUUGUGACAUCGCUGACUUGAAGCCCGUAGGGUGGGACCACUGUGUCUCCUCUGUAAAGGUCACUGGCCAACCCUGGGUGGCCUAUGAGCAUCCUAAUUAUUCAGGCAAGUUCCUGGUGUUUGAGGAAGGUGAAUACAGCUUUGUUGGUGAAGAUAUGAAUGACAAGAUCAGUUCUCUCAAGUUGAUUACUGAAAACCUGAAGAAUCCCAAGAUCACCCUGUAUGAACAUGCCAACUAUGAAGGGGAGAUCAAGGUGGUAACAGAAGCAACCAGUCUGAGCAAGGGAUCUUUCAAUGACCGAGUGUCUUCCCAUAAGGUGCAGAGCGGUGCCUGGCUAUUGUGUGAACAUGAGGAUGGAAGCGGCUUGAAUUAUGUUGCCCGGAAAGAUGAACAGCUUCCAAACUAUGAAUCGAUCGAUUUCAAUGACAAGCUUUCAUUUCUGCGUCCCCUGAGAGCCGGCUGGUGCUAG